GCGAAAGUGUUAACAAAAUGUCAGACGCUAACGCACCCUUGCUUAAUAGCAGAGAAAGUACUGCAGAAUCACCCAACAGUGUCUCAAUUGAUAACGUAGCCCUAAUCGUAGCCCUUCUCUCUGCACUCUCUUUAGUAGCAACUCCAGCUAUAUUUAUAUUAAAUUCAGGCGGUUACGGCAACCUUGGUCCGUUCGUGUUUCAUCCACUCUUUCAAACGUUUGGAUUAACCGUUCUUGUUAUUGCAGUUUUGACUUUACAGCCCGCGACAGCUGGUACACGCAAAGUUAGAAGUUUCGAGAGACACAGGAAACUCAUUGGCUACCUAGCUUUACCUGCUUUUCUAGUUGGAUCAUCCGCCAUGUUUUACAACAAACAUUUACACGGUGCUUUACACUUCACCACCUGGCAUUCGACCGCUGGUUUAUCAGUCGGCGUGCUCCUCACGAUUCAAUCACUCGUCGGCUUGGGUUUCACAAUGCCUUCAAAAGAGAAGCCACUGCUGCCUAAGACACUCUACAAGUACCAUAGAUUAUCAGGAUACUUUAUACUUUUGCCUCUUCUUCUACUCACUGUGGCACUAGGCGGUGGGCAUUCCACAUGGGCAACCACACAAGCAUCUUUGACAAUAAGAGUCUUAUUUGUCGACCUUCCAGCACUCCUUAUAGUCCUCUCUCUCUGGGCUCGUCUCCGAAAGCAGAAGUUGGGCUUAUAAAUUAAAUCUAUGUAUUAAUAAUAUAUUUUCCGUUUCAUUGAUUGAUACGAGCGAAGAAUCCUGCUUCUCCUCCACCAACAAGAACAUCGUGUGCCCAUUUCGUUGUUUCGAACCAACUCUUAGACGCCUUCUCAUCAGUCUUAUUGAGGAGCUCAACAAUAUGCAGCAUUGAGAGUAUUGCUGAGUCAGGUUGUAAGCGAGGUAAUUGUUUAAAUUUGCGAGUAUUGCUAGCAUCGUUGUGUGUCUCAGCAAGGAUCGCUCCCAAAGCUGAAAGCGAGAGAAGUUCCUGGAUAGCCUUUUCAGCAUCACGUCUAGCUAUAAGUUGUGCAAGUGUACGUCUAAUCAAUGCUAAUUCCGGUUUGAGUUCAAAUGGACGCUUGUCUGAGAAAGUGUUUUCAACACUGACGACAAACUCCUCGAGUUCCUCCAAAAGCUGGUCCAAUUCU